AUGAAUGACUUGCCUGCGUAUGGGAACCUCUCGGGUAGUGUCACCAAAGGAUAUAAUGCUUGUCCUGUUUGUGUUGAUAAAACCAAACCCUACAGGCUGAAACGUAGCAAGAAAAUGGUGUUUUUGAGGAGUCACCGAUGGACAGAAAGACAUCAUCCAUACAGAAGGCAUGCUGCUGCAUUCGACAACACUAUUGAGAAGGAUGUCGCCCCUGAACCAUUAACUGGAGAAGAGGUGUUGGCAAGGGUUGAAGUACGCCAUAUUCUUGAUGUCAUGCACAUUGAGAAGAAUUGUUGCAAUGCCAUAAUUGGUACCCUCUUGAAUAUUCUUGGGAAGACCAAGGAUGGAGUGAAUGCCCGUUUGGACAUGGUCGAUAUGGGCAUCAAAACUGAUGUAAAAGUGGUAGCUGGUGAGAAAAAGACCAAAUUGCCUUUGGGUAGUUGGAACUUGCUGCAUAAGGAGAAGAAAAUAGUGUGCGGGUCCUUUUUUGGCAUGUCAGUUCCUACAGGCUUUUCCUCUCAUAUUAGGAACCUAGUCUCGAUGGCAGAUUUAAAAUUGGCUGGUCUUAAGUCACAUGACUGCCACACAGUGAUGCAGUACCUUCUCCCGGUUGCAUUGAGAUCAGUUUUAGAGAAGCCUGUUAGGUAUGCCAUUAUUCGGUUUUGCCUUUUCUUUAAGGCAAUUUGUUUACUGGAAAAGUUCUUCCCACCUUCAUUUUUCGACGUAAUGAUUCAUCUAACACUCUAUCUUGUUAGAGAAGUUGAAUGGUGUGGUCCAGUGUUUUUCCGAUGGAUGUACCCAUUUGAGAGGUACAUGAAAGUGUUCAAAGGGUAUGUGAAAAAUCGACAUUUUCCUGAGGGGUGCAUAGCUGAGAAGUACAUUGUCGAAGAAGCUAUUGAGUUUUUGGAAGACCGUGUCCUUUCUCAAGGUGGUACCACUGUGGGAAUUCCAUCUACAAGCAUAGCUGGACAUUACAAACAGAGCAGACCCUUGUCACGGCCAACCAUGGGCGCUCCGAUACAAAAUGAUGGCGUGAGUUGUGGUUAUUAUGUUAUGCGCUACAUUGAAGAAAUUUUGGAGGACAACGACCUUGACCUUGAUAAAAAGUGGGGAACCAGAGCUGGUCUGACUUACACUACCCAACAACUUGAUGAGGUACGAGGAGAUGGGCUAAGUAUGUGCUGCAGUUUCCGGAUAACUGAUAUCAGACUGUGA